AUCGAAGAGUAUAAUUUUCAGGAGUUUUCUGCUGAAAAAUUGUUCUCAAAUCUUAACGUGUCUGGAGAACAGCUAUCAAAAAAUUGCACUCAAGAUCUGGACAUUAUCAUUAAUGGCAUUUACUCCUUACCCGAAAGGAUACUUCAACAAAAAGUUAGGGAGAUUGACUCAAAGCUCAUUAUACCCGUCAUUGAUUCUAGUGGAAAAAUUGGCCCCGGGAUACUCCGAGGGCAUGUCACAUUUAUCGGUUCAUUCGAACAAUGUAAGGCUAUCGACUACCAAGACAAUGACAUUCGCCGAAGGAUCAGAGGAGGAUACUUUAGGGUUACGCUUCGAAUUCCUAGCGGUAACAUCAGCUUCACUUUCGAAUUAGAUAUAUGUGCACCAGCCUCUUGUUCCGGGGAUGAAUUGCACUCAGUUCUCAAAAUGCGUAAGUUAUUAGAAAAUUCAUUAAAUGCUAAAUAUUUUUCUCCAUAG